GCAGCUGUAUCUCAUCGAGAUUUUUCUUUCUGUCUCUUCAUUUUGUACCAAAAACUUCUAGAAAAACCACACGCAAGAGCUUACUUGUAUAACCCAGAAAAAAUUAACUGCAGAGAUAAAGGGGGAAGCUCAAUUAAAUUUGUUCAGAGUUGUGGAAGCUGGAAGGUGACUGAACAUUAGUUCUUUGUUUUACACAGGGAUGGCACUCUUGAAUCAAUCUUUUAAUCCUGUUUCUCAACGCAUGGACUACAAUAGAAAGAGGAAGUCGAGAAGUAGAAAGGAUGGAUCAAAAAAUGUAGCAGAGGCGCUCGCAAAGUGGAAAGAAUACAACAGCAAACUCAAUUCUGAGAAUGAUGAAGGUAAGGUGGCACGUAAAGCUCCUGCGAAGGGAUCAAAGAAAGGAUGUAUGAAAGGUAAAGGAGGUCCUGAAAAUGCUCGUUGCAAUUAUAGAGGCGUUCGGCAGAGGACAUGGGGUAAGUGGGUUGCUGAAAUUAGAGAGCCGCACAGAGGUAGUAGGCUCUGGUUGGGUACAUUUAACAAUGCGAUUGAAGCUGCUAAAGCUUAUGACGAGGCUGCAAGAGUAUUGUAUGGCCCUUGCGCUCGGCUUAAUUUCCCCACAUGCCAUAUGCUGAAUGAGUUGACGAAAGAGCGUUGUUCAUUGCCAUCUACAUCAACAUCCGAUUCCAUAACUUCUAGUGUAUCUGACGUUCAUCUGGCGGACCAUAUGGGGCCUGAGGCUGAUGUUUUGAAGAUGAAAGUCAAAGAUGCCGAAGGUGAAUCACUGACAAACAAUGAUGAGCAUUCGCAGCUGGGUGAGGCUGGUCAUGCAGUGAAGGCAGAAAUAAACGAGAGACCUGUGAUGGAGGAAACAACGGAAGAACCUUGUCCACACUUGGAUAGCACUGAAAAUAGUAGGUUCUAUACAAAGGAAGACCCUGCAUAUUUCACUGAAAGUUCUGAGGCAGGGCAAGAUCCAUUAGAGGCCUUCUCUUGGGAUGAAAUUUUUGAUGUGGAUGAGUUACUGACCACAUUGGAUUCUACUAGAUACCAUGCUUCAGAGCCCAAGAUUGGAUUGAUGUCACAUGGUGGUCAAGCAGGGCAAACCACUUAUGGUGCUGUCCGUGCUUCAGAUCUAUCAAAUGACUUGCAGAACUCAGAUGUGAAGAUGCUUGGUAGUUCACACCACCUGGAGCAGGCACCUUCUAUAGCUGAUUAUGAUUUUGAUUUCCUUAAACCUGAAAGACGAGAGGAUUUCGAUAUUAAAUUGGAUGAUCUGUUACUUGAUUUACACUCAGACUGGGCACCAGAAUCUGUUUAGAUCCACACUGAUUGAUAAGUGGCAACGGAUUUUCAUUCUUGAUAUAAUAUUCAAGUUGGACUUUUGGAGUAGGAGUUAGUAUGUUGGUCUUCCUGGAUGAUUAAUUAUUUAUGAGGGUCCCUUGGAAACAGCAGCAUUGUUUGGCAUUAGAGAGGUCAAUACUGUUGCAACUUGCAUAUGCACAUUUUUUUUUUUGUUGUUCUGUACGAAAGCAUGUCCCUUUUUGCCUUCUGACUGAUCACCUCGUGCUGCUGCUUGGCAAGUUUUUAAAUUAGGGGGAUUUGGUUCUUGUUCGAACUUCUCAAGUGAAAGAGUUUUCCUGUACAGAUAUUAUACUCUGAUGUUAGUUUUGUGUAAAAAUAAUUACAUACUUCAGAGUAUAGAUGAUUAAUGAUUAUUUUUCAUAGUAAAGUGCUAAGAAUUCCAACUAUUCUUCUAUUUGUUGUGAC